ACACACUCGGGGAGCGGGAGCGCGGCGCGGACACGAAGCCGCCGGGGCUGCUGCGCCCAGAGCCAGCCGGAGCCGGAGCCUGAACCGCAGCGCCAGCCCGAGCGGUGCGGAGCCGCAGCCCGGGCCGGGGCCGGUGGUGGCUCAUGGACAGCGGGGCGGGCGGCCGGCGCUGCCCCGAGGCGGCCCUCCUGAUUCUGGAGCCUGCCAGGAUGGGGACCCUGAGGCCCAGCCCAGGCCCUGGGGGGCAACGGUCAUUACUGCCUCCCUUGCUGCUGGCACUGGUGCUCCUGCUGACUCCAUCCCCAGGCCAUGCCACUCGGGUAGUGUACAAGGUUCCAGAGGAACAGCCGCCCAACACACUCAUUGGGAGCCUCGCAGCUGACUACGGUUUUCCAGAUGUGGGCCACCUGUACAAACUGGAGGUAGGCGCCCCGUAUCUGCGGGUGGAUGGCAAGACUGGUGACAUCUUCACAACUGAGACCUCUAUCGACCGUGAGGGGCUCCGAGAGUGCCAGUACCUGGUCCCUGGCGAGCCCUGCAUCCUGGAGUUUGAGGUCUCGAUCACGGACCUCGUGCAGAAUGGCAGUCCCCGGCUGCUCGAAGGCCAGAUAGAGGUACAGGACAUCAAUGACAACACACCCAACUUCGCCUCGCCAGUCAUCACUCUGGCCAUCCCCGAGAAUACCAACAUCGGUUCGCUCUUCCCCAUCCCGCUGGCUUCGGAUCGCGAUGCUGGCCCCAAUGGUGUGGCAUCCUAUGAGCUGCAAGCCGGGCCUGAGGCCCAGGAGCUGUUUGGGCUGCAGGUGGCGGAGGACCAGGAGGAGAAGCAGCCACAGCUCAUUGUGAUGGGCAACUUGGACCGCGAACGCUGGGAUUCCUAUGACCUCACGAUCAAGGUGCAGGAUGGUGGCAGUCCUCCACGUGCCAGCAGUGCCCUGCUGCGAGUCACCGUGCUUGACACCAAUGACAACGCUCCCAAGUUCGAGCGCCCCUCAUACGAGGCCGAGCUGUCUGAGAACAGCCCUAUAGGCCACUCGGUCAUCCAGGUGAAGGCCAAUGACUCAGACCAAGGUGCCAACGCAGAGAUUGACUACACGUUUCACCAGGCCCCUGAAGUUGUGAGGCGUCUUCUGCGGCUGGACAGGAAUACUGGACUUAUCACUGUGCAGGGCCCCGUGGACCGUGAGGACCUAAGCACCCUGCGCUUCUCAGUGCUUGCCAAGGACCGAGGCACCAACCCUAAGAGUGCCCGUGCCCAGGUGGUGGUGACUGUGAAGGACAUGAAUGACAAUGCCCCCAGCAUUGAGAUCCGGGGUAUAGGGCUGGUGACCCAUCAAGAUGGGAUGGCUAACAUCUCGGAGGAUGUGGCCGAGGAGACGGCUGUGGCCCUGGUGCAGGUAUCUGACCGAGACGAGGGAGAGAACGCAGCCGUCACCUGUGUGGUGGCAGGUGAUGUGCCCUUCCAGCUACGCCAGGCCAGUGAGACGGGAAGUGACAGCAAGAAGAAGUACUUCCUGCAGACCACUACCCCGCUGGACUACGAGAAGGUCAAAGACUAUACCAUCGAGAUUGUGGCUGUGGAUUCUGGCAACCCCCCACUCUCAAGCACCAACUCUCUCAAGGUGCAGGUGGUGGACGUCAAUGACAAUGCACCUGUCUUCACCCAGAGCAUCACUGAGGUUGCCUUCCCAGAAAACAAUAAGCCCGGUGAAGUGGUCGCCGAGGUCACUGCCAGUGAUGCCGACUCUGGCUCCAAUGCUGAGCUGGUUUACUCUCUGGAGCCAGAGCCGGCUGCCAAGGGCCUCUUCACCAUCUCGCCUGAGACUGGAGAGAUCCGGGUGAAGACAUCCCUUGAUCGGGAACAGCGAGAAAGCUAUGAAUUGAAGGUGGUGGCAGCUGAUCGUGGCAGCCCCAGCCUCCAGGGCACAGCCACCGUCCUCGUCAAUGUGCUAGACUGCAAUGACAAUGACCCCAAGUUUAUGCUGAGUGGCUACAAUUUCUCAGUGAUGGAGAACAUGCCGGCGCUGAGUCCAGUGGGCAUGGUGACUGUCAUUGAUGGGGACAAGGGGGAGAAUGCCCGCGUGCAGCUCACAGUGGAGCAGGACAAUGGUGACUUUGUUAUCCAGAAUGGCACGGGCACCAUCCUCUCUAGUCUGAGCUUCGAUCGGGAGCAGCAAAGUACCUAUACCUUCCAGCUGAAGGCAGUGGAUGGUGGUGUCCCACCUCGCUCAGCUUACGUUGGCGUCACCAUCAAUGUGCUGGAUGAGAAUGACAAUGCACCCUUCAUCACCGCUCCUUCCAACACCUCCCACCGGCUGCUGACUCCCCAGACACGUCUUGGUGAGACGGUCAGCCAGGUGACAGCUGAGGACAUUGACUCUGGUGUCAACGCUGAGCUGACUUACAGCAUUGCUGGUGGUAACCCUUAUGGACUGUUCCAGAUUGGAUCACAUUCAGGUGCCAUCACCCUCGAGAAGGAAAUUGAGCGGCGCCACCAUGGGCUGCACCGCCUGGUGGUGAAGGUCAGUGACCGUGGCAAGCCCCCACGCUAUGGCACAGCCUUGGUCCACCUUUAUGUCAACGAGACCCUGGCCAACCUCACACUGCUGGAGACCCUGCUGGUCCAUAGCCUGGACACACCACUGGACAUCGACAUUGCCGGGGAUCCAGAAUAUGAACGCUCCAAGCAGCGUGGCAAUAUCCUCUUUGGCGUAGUGGCUGGCGUGGUGGCUGUGGCCUUGCUCAUUGCCCUGGCAGUGCUUGUGCGCUACUGCCGGCAGCGGGAGGCUAAGAGUGGCUACCAGGCUGGUAAGAAGGAGACCAAGGAUCUGUAUGCCCCCAAGCCCAGCAGCAAAGCCUCCAAGGGCAACAAAAGCAAGGGCAAGAAGAGUAAGUCCCCAAAGCCUGUGAAGCCAGUGGAGGAUGAAGAUGAGGCUGGGCUACAGAAGUCUCUCAAGUUCAACCUGAUGAGUGAUGCCCCUGGGGACAGCCCCCGCAUCCACCUGCCCCUCAACUACCCACCUGGCAGCCCUGACCUGGGCCGCCACUACCGCUCAAACUCCCCACUGCCUUCCAUCCAGCUACAGCCCCAGUCACCCUCGGCCUCCAAGAAGCACCAGGUGGUGCAGGACCUGCCGCCUGCAAACACAUUCGUGGGCACCGGGGACACCACGUCCACGGGCUCUGAGCAGUACUCCGACUACAGCUACCGCACCAACCCCCCCAAAUACCCCAGCAAGCAGUUACCUCACCGCCGAGUCACCUUCUCCGCCACCAGCCAGGCCCAGGAGCUGCAGGACCCAUCCCAGCAUAGCUACUACGAUAGCGGCCUGGAGGAAUCAGAGACACCAUCCAGCAAGUCAUCCUCGGGGCCCAGACUUGGUCCCCUGGCUCUGCCUGAGGAUCAUUAUGAGCGCACCACCCCCGACGGCAGCAUAGGAGAGAUGGAGCACCCCGAGAACGACCUGCGCCCUUUGCCUGAUGUCGCCAUGACGGGCACAUGUACCCGGGAGUGCAGUGAGUUUGGCCACUCUGACACGUGCUGGAUGCCCGGCCAGUCGUCUCCCAGCCGCCGCACCAAGAGCAGCGCCCUCAAACUCUCCACCUUCGUGCCUUACCAGGACCGAGGAGGGCAGGAGCCUGCGGGCGCCGGCAGCCCCAGCCCCCCGGAAGACCGGAACACCAAAACGGCCCCCGUGCGCCUCCUGCCCUCCUACAGUGCCUUCUCCCACAGUAGCCAUGACUCCUGCAAGGACUCGGCCACCUUGGAGGAAAUCCCCCUGACCCAGACCUCGGACUUCCCACCUGCAGCCACACCGGCAACUGCCCAGACAGCCAAGCGCGAGAUCUACCUGUGAGCCCCCUUCUGGCCGGCCGGCCCCCCUCCCCAGCCGCCGGCCAGCUCCCAGAUGGGCCCAUUCCAGGGCCCCUACUCCUGUCCCCUCCAGCGUGGACUCCCUGGCCAGGACCCCGAGUGGGGGGGAGUGCUGGCCUCACGACCAUGCUGGCCCUUUCCCCAUGCAGGGUCCAGGUCCUCCCCUCUCUUCACCACCCAACCCCAGCCCCAGGGAGCCCCUUCUUUUCCUUUAUGGGGCUCCCCCCAGCUGAUGCCCAAGAGGGCUCCUCUACAAUGACUAGGCUCCCUUCCCUCCACUUCCAGGGAGCACCCCCUCACUUUGGGCAAAUGGUGGAGUCAAGGAUGGGCAGCACACAUUUAAUUCAUUGCUUCCCACGUGGCCGACCAGGGCUGGGACAGGAUGCCCCCAUUCCAGCCUGGAAGCAGGGCUGAACUGGGGAGCCCCUCUCCCUGGAAACUCCCAGAGGAAACCCUUGGCCCCCCCAGGGGCUCCCUGAAGGGCUUUCGUUACCAAAGGUGGGGUGGGGAUGGGGGUAGGAGUGGGGCGGAGACUUUGUCUUCCCUACUGCUCCUGGGCUGGCCCACCUGCCUGCCACAUGCCCAAAUCUGGUCCCAUCUGGGCACCCCCUUCCCCGCUGGUCAUGCAGUGUCUGUAUAUAAGGACCUUGGAAUGAUGUCCCCAUUUCUGCCUGAUUUGCAACUUUUCUUGUUGAUGUUGUGUUGUCUUGGGGGACCCUGGGGGGGACCUGCCCUGUGCCCCCUCCUCCCUGCCGCAGUGCCCCCCACCCAGGCCUCUAUUGUUCCGUGUUGUAAAUACCCCUGGGGCCGUGGUGGGAUGGGGGUGCAGGCCAGGGAAACAACGGGUGGGUGGGGGUGGGAUAGGGGUAACAUUCGCCUAUCAGCAGAGCUGGGCUUUUAUUUAAUUUUUUUUAAAAAUACAAAUCUCUAUUUUUUUGGAACUGUUGCGCUGUGCCCUGGGGGGGAUCCCCGCUCAGGCUGGCCCUCCCACAUCCAGAUGAGCAUCACAGAGGGGCCCUGAGGCUGUGGGGGGCAGCUGGACAGGGGUGGGAUGACUGUGCCUCUGGCCUGGU